GGGGCGCGAGCGGCGGGAGGGGCCGCGCUGAGGCGAGGGUAGUCCCGCGGUGUUCGUGGCUCCGCGGCGCCUCGCCCUCCAGCGGGUUUCUCCUCAGGGAGCGGCUGUCCUCUUCCGCGGAGCCCCCGUCCCCCUCUCCGCCCCUCGGACGAAGUCCCCCACCGCUCUCAGCCCGCCCCCGGUCCCGCCGCUAUGUCUCUCGGCCAGCGCCUGGCCCGGUUGGCCGCCCACCUGCAGGACCCGCGGAAAGUGGCCGCAUUCCAGCGGCUCUGCGGGGUGGAGGGGCCCUCGGGCUGGGCCGGCGCGGAGCAACGGGGGUCGGUGGCGAACGGUGGUCCCGCGGGUGGGCAGGCGCAUCCCGCUGGGAACGGGGCCGUGUCCGGCGCGGCGGGAACCCCGCGACGCUGGACAAGGAGGCCGCGGCGAAACUCGCUGACGGAGGAGGAGGACGGCAGCCAGGAGUUCGCCACUCGUAGCCGCUUCCUCUACUAUCUGUUCAGCCUGGGCACGGAGCUGGGCAACGAGCUCUUCUACAUCCUCUUUUUCCCUUUCUGCAUCUGGAAUGUGGACGCCUGGCUGGGCCGGAGGCUCAUCAUCAUCUGGGUGUGGGUAAUGUACCUGGGGCAGUGCACCAAGGAUGUGAUCCGCUGGCCGCGUCCUGCCUCGCCACCCGUGGUGAAGCUGGAGGUCUUCUACAACUCCGAGUACAGCAUGCCCUCCACCCACGCCAUGUCGGGCACCGCCAUCCCCCUGGCUCUCCUGCUGCUCAGCUACGGCCGCUGGCAGUAUCCCUUUAUGUUUGGACUGAUCCUGGCAUUCUGCUGGUGUUCUUUGGUUUGCUGUAGUCGAAUUUAUAUGGGAAUGCAUUCAGUUUUGGAUGUUAUUGCUGGAUUUCUGUAUGCUAUUCUUAUCCUGGUUGUCUUCCAUCCGAUUGUGGACCUGAUUGAUAACUUCAACUUAACUUACAAAUAUGCACCCUUAAUUAUCAUCAGUCUCCAUUUGGCCCUGGGCAUCUUCUCUUUCACCCUGGACACAUGGAGCACGUCGCGAGGAGACACAGCUCAGAUCCUGGGCUGUGGUGCUGGCGUGGCCUGUGGCUCUCAUGUCAACUACAUCCUGGGUCUGCAGCUGGAUCCUCCUCCCCACACCUUGCCUUUGUCUCUGUCCUCUCUCACCGUCACUGUGUUUGGAAAAGCCAUAUUACGGUUGUUGAUUGGAGUCAUCGUUCUGUUGUUAACAAAAGUCGCCAUGAAAAAAGCCACGAUUCCACUGGCGUGUAAAAUAUUCCGCAUCCCGCAUGAGGAUGUACGGAGAGCCAGGCAGCGCAUGGAGGUUGAGCUUCCCUAUCGCUAUAUUACCUAUGGAAUGGUUGGGUUCUCCCUCAUGUUUAUUGUUCCUUGCCUCUUCCACUUCAUUGGUCUUUCCUGAUGCAGUUUGAUCACUUUGAGUAGGGAGAACUGAGCUAGUUGCUUUUUGAAGAGGUGCACUAGUUUGCUAAGGGAAGGCCGGCCAGCUUGGCUUUAGCAGGGUCUUCACAUUAACAGCAAUACAAAGCAGGGAAAGCAUUUAAAGGGCUUUGCACGUCUCUGGGGAUGGUUUGGGGCCAGGAGUCAAGCACCAGUCCAGGAGAAGUGCUGACCUCUGUAAAUGCUGUGUCUGGACUUAUUGCUGUAACCAAGUCUGUGUGUGUGUGUGAUGCAGUGAAUGUAUCUGGGAUGUCUGCCAGUCUGUACCUGGGUACGCUGACACUUUAACAAGUAUGUCUGACAGCUAAUCAGAAGGCUCCAUUCAUGAUCUGUUUGCCAUUUCACGGUAAUUUAUUCAAGUUGUUGGACCAUAGACUGUUAAAUUUGCUUUCUUCUGUUUUUUCCUGAAGUCCUGCUUCAAGGUAUUUCAGCUAAUAGGUAUUUCUAAUGGACCAAACUUGUAAUGAGGUUGAGGUUUUUCUAAAUAAACAAGCAGAAGCCUUUUUAUUUAGCCCCCUUUGCAGAGAAAAAUGUCUGGAUUAGCAUUGGUAGAUAUCACUAGAGUAUAUGUAAUUCAGGUACUGUAUUUUAUGGUUUAAUAACUGUGCCUUUCUGUUGCUAAAUUAAGAAAUGCCAUAUAUACUGUGAUGUAAAAUUGCCUAAUUUUAUUGAAAAUCCUACAUAAUUAGGCAGAUAUUAAAAAAUGUUGGAUUGUCCAUGUUGCUGACAUGGUUCAAGUUAACCAGAAUGUUCACUUUUUCCUGAUCAAAAUUGCAUAAAUGAAAUGACCCAGGAAUUGUGUCCUUGAGCUCAAGAUAUUGUAAAUGAACAAUAGUCCCUUUUGUAAGUAUUUUUAAUGUGUAUUGUAAGUUACUGCAAGAGGAUAUAUUUUUCUGGAGAUUGUUUAUACAGUGGAUGGAUAUUCGAAAUUAAUUAUUUAAACAUGUAAACAAUAAAAUCACCCCAUUCUGCAAAGAAAUGGGCUUCACUUGUUAUUCCAAAUUAAUCUAGAAGGACCACUGCUUUUAGGUAUUUGGUUAGAAAAUAUAAUACUUAUUCUAGAAAAAUAUGUAUUUUUAUGCAUUAACAUACUAUAUUUAAAGGUAAUAAUCACUUUUACCCAAUUUAGAUAGUUAUAAGAGAAUGUAACGAUUAAAUUAAACUUAUACUCAUUCUGAUUGACAGAUUGUGAGCAGUCAAGACAGUGUGGUCAAUGUAUGAACAGUUUGUGAUGUCUACAUUUGGCAGGAUUUUAUUAUGUGCUUUUGAGCUUUUCAUGAUCCUUUUCCCUUCAAGUGUAAUUUUAUGUGCCUUUUCUCUGUUUCAUCUUGUCUUGUUCAUGUGUUGCCUGAUCUGUUCUUUCCAUGUCAGGAACAGUUAUUGCAGGAAGUGCUGUCUUAGUGUCUGACCAGAAAAAUUACUUAAUUUUGUAUUGUACAUGUUUUUCAGGAAAAGCAUCAUUUGGUUGGGAAAUAUGGUGAUUAGAUAGAAUACAAAGCCUACAUUUUUUGUAAACAAUAUUUGGUUUUGGAAGGUUUUUUUGUAUUGGAGAUGUCUCCAAGCUGUUAAUAUGUAGAUUUACAAAAUUAACUUCACUUUCUUUGAAGCAGAUGAGGUUUAUGGUACACUGGCACUAGAUGAUGUGAAAAACUUAACUUUUCUGGUGCAUUUCUCCAGUGCAUCCCAAAUGCACUGCUAUGAAUGUAUUCCAACUGAGGUAUUCAGAACUGAGAGUGUGUUAAACAACUUCCAUAGCUGAAAAGACCUUGCCCCAUAGAAAAUUAUUAACUUGUUUCAGUCCAUGUUUCUGGAUUUGAUUUUUCUGUCUGUUCCUCUUUUACAGUUCAGUGCUGAAUGUGCAGUACAAGGUAAAUUGGUUUCUGAGGUUUUGAGAGUGGGAUUUCCACUGAUUUGGCUUCACACACCAAGAUAGCCAUUAAAUAAGUAGCUGGGGGAAUGUACACAAAAUGCCUUAUGCUUAAAGCCCUGAGCAAGUGGUGUAGUUUCAAUUAUAUUAAAUUAGUCUGAGGACUGGUAAAAAUAAUAGGAUAACUUCCUCUGAAAUUUAGGGCAUAUUCUCCUUAAAUAUCCUAGCUUUACAGUUUAUAGCAGAAAAUGUUUAAAUUCUAGCACAGAAGAGCUAAGUGAGCAAAACUGAUUUUUAAGGUACAUAUUGGACUUAUAGAAACUUCCAAGUUUACAUCAUAAGGAGUGUAACUAAAGCUGUCUUUUCUAGCUGUGCUUGCUCUCUUGUAGUAUUAAUGGAACAUGAGAUGUACUGUAGAGAAUCUAGAAGGGGUGAAAAAGAUCACACAGAGCUUUCAACAGGCUAAGGAAAAUUGCACUGUAGCUGCUUAUUCUACUGUCAUAAAUGUAUUUUUUAUAUUUUUAUACAUUACACUGAAUAACUUCAAAAUGUCAUGUUCCAUGUACCACUAUGUAGUACCCAGGAAAUGUCCAUCAGAAUGUUUAUACAGCACCUUCAGCAACUACUUCACUGAAGUUUACAUGAGAAAAAGUUUUACUGUUCUAUUUUCAUGUUUUAUAAGGGGUUCAGCUCGAGAGGGCAGUUAGCACAAAAUGUCAUGCAAUAUGACUACUGUUAGAGAAGAAUGAAUCACAGACAUGCAAAUGCUUAAAAUCCAAGUAAAGUAUUUGUAUUGUAGUAUAAUUUUCUUUAAUAAUAAGCUAAGAUUCCUUGGAAUUGGACGUAACAAAGCAACAGGUAAAACUGGAGCACUUUCUUUGCCCUAACCUAUUCUUGGAGUUGAACAUGAAAAAUGAUUCUAGUAUGAGCAUCAGCUGGUACCAAAUUAUUUAUAAAUAAAGUUAACAUAGCUUUAAAAGGUAGUUAAAUGUCUUUGCAGAAAGACAAUAUGCUUGAAACCCUUCACAAUGUGGUGCAAAAACAUCCUGCUAGUGAACUCCCUCAGUUCCAGAGAGAAACACUAUUUUAUAGAACCAGAUGUAAAUGCACAUUUAUUACAAAAAGCUGCAGGCUAAAUUUGCUCUUUUUUAGUUAUUGUAUGAAAUAAACCUUAAAACCAACAGGUGAGUAGAGAGUAAUUUGACACAAAAUUCUGUUUCCCAAGAGGCUGAAGAGAUGAAAAUUAGUCUGAGACUGCCUUAAACAUAGGAGCAGGAUUUUUUCUGACCUGGCCCUCAGUCAGAACUGACAUGUGCAUUGCAUCUUGGGUGAGUUUUAGAAUCUGUUAUUUUGGAAAAAACUUUCAUGUUCAUAAAAAAGCAUUGUGUUUGCUUUCUCCUGUGUGAUCACCUGUGAAGCUGUUGGGUCUCUGAUCGCGUUUGCCUCGCAAACUGCGUGGGGGAAAGCAGGAGGUGGAGAAGCGACUUGAAGGUAAACUGGCAAACCAAAGGGAGUUGGGUUUUGUUUAUUUAUUUGGAAUUUUGUUUAAGUUAUGUACAGCAUUUCUCCUGGAAGGAAAAACCAAACAGAAAGAUGCAUAUCUUUUAAAAUGGCAUCUCCAAAUGUGAUAUGUGGCUUUUGUGUUAUUUUUUUUCUUACCAGAACAGUGUUAAAUUGUCUGCAUAUUAGAAGCUAAUAUGUUUUCCUUUGCUUUUUUUUAUUACUGCUCUCAGUAUUUUUUACUCCAUUUUUUGCUUAUUUCCGAGGGAGUGUCCAGAACUUUUGUAAGCAAUUGCUACUUAUGUGAAGAUUGUAAUUUUGAACUUGUAAAUACUUAAGGGCUGUUAGCUGCAAAAAUAUAUAAAAACAAAUCCUUGCAUGCUGUAAGUAAAUACAUCUGUUGUGCUAAAAGUUGUUUCUGUUUCAGUAUUUGCUUUCUCAAUAAAAAUGGAGGUUUUUCACACACAGUACAGAAGAUAUUUAAUAAUUCAAUGGUAUGAAGGGGCAUUGCUGUCAAACUCCUGCUAACUUUACCAGGAGUUUUGCACCUGGUUCCUUUCACAUGACAUCGAGAAUGAACCCUGAAGGGCAAGUCCGUGCUGACCUGUGAUCAGGCUGUGUAUAUGUGAAGUGACUUAGCUUCUAAAUGUGAUAGCCUUGCUUUUGAGAGAUUGUUCUUGUUAAAAUCACAUUUAGCCCCAUUUUUACAAGAUUUCUAAAGGGCUUGACUUGGAAGACUGUUGUCUGUAGGUGGAACUGGCUGCACAUUUGUAACACUCAGUUAAUGCUUCCUCCUCUGUACCAUAAUUCUGCAAAUGAAGAAACCCCAGAUUAAACUCAGUAGAUAAAAUUAGAGGAGAAUUGAUUUCUUGGGGUAUUGUGACUCAACUUAUUGUAAUUGAUUCUUGAGUGGUUUUUUGGUCUAAUGUAGAAUGCUUGUUGGUUAUACAAUUUAUUUAUGUAGUCUACGAACAACUUUGAGGAAACUAACUUUUUUAUGGGAGGAAGUUGAAUAACUUCUUGACAGAACUUUAUUCUACAGGAAAGCUUAAGUGGCUUUUUUGUUUCAUAAAAAAAAAUAUAAGACUGUUUUAAAAUUUACUGUAAGUGAUAUAUUUGUCAAAUUAAUAGAUUGCUUGGGUCACUAAUGUCAUUGUUCUUCUUGCAAUACUUCCUGAACAAAGGCAGUCAAAGCUGAAUUUGGAAACAAAAUGUGAUACUGUGUGGAAGAAAGGAUAUAGCACUUUAGGUGUUCUCUAAAAGCAAGUAUCACAUGCUGGUUUUGAAGAAAAUUUAGCCAUGUGUUAGAAAAAUUUCUUUGCACUCCAUUCUGCACCAGAAAUUAUUUGCAUGUUGGUAAGAGGCCUUGUAAGAAAAUAAAAGGAAGCAAUAUGUGCUUGCAGUGUAUUAUCAGUAACUGUUCCUGUAGGAUCAAAGGAGAAGAGAGGAUACAUGGGAUAAUAGUACCUUAAAAAUACUGACCAGUAGAUGUAAGUAAUUCCCAUCAAAUUGGAGAAUUUUAUUAGUCCCUGAACUUUGACUAAAUUAGUCACUAAGUUUCCCCCCCACCAAGUUUAUUUUUGUUAGAAAGUGUAAUGAAAGAUAAGACUGUUAUUACUGAAAUGGAAAUUAGCUCUUAAGACAAUUCUAGAUGUCUAAAGUAUCAAAACUGAAAAAGAUCAAUAAUGGGAACUGUAAGAGCACAGUCUGAGGGGGAUUUUGUAUUAAACUUAAUGCACUUGAAAAUUAUGCCAAAAUUUGGCCUACACUUGAUUUAUAUGAAAUCUGUAGUACAAUAUAGAUACAUAUAUAUAUAAUAUAUUGUGUAUUGGAAUUUAAUUUUUUUUAUGUAUAGUUUUUUUUUUUUCUGGUUACUGCAUUCCCUGAUGAAAGGAAUUGUUGAUAAAAUACAAACCAGCUUUGUCUGUAUAAGAUCAGGCUGUGUGUUUUUAGCCUUUUGGGAAAUAAUGCAGUUGUAACCCGGUCUCUCAACCUCUUGGAGAACUUGAUUUUAAAAAAAACCAAAACAAUUGAGAUGCAAGCCCCGAGUUAGUUGAGGAUCACAUAAUGGUUGCUGUAUAAUAGUGUACAACUGAUGUUUUAAAAAUUAAUACAUCAGAAUUUUUUGUUAUACUGUUGUUAAUGAUUUUGUACUCAUUGUACACUUUCUGAGUUGUCAACUAAUAUUUAAGCUUAUAUUGACUGGGAACUGAAGUAUCUAACUUCAUCUGCAAUGAGUGGGAAAUAAACUCCUGUUGGAUUCA